GUGCAAGGAAAGGGAGGGUGUGUGAGUUGGGAGGUGAAAGGGGAAGCCUUUUUCAGGCUGGAAAGUUUAACGUUUACACCCAUUCCACUAAAACAUCGCCUGGACAAAUCUCCCCAACGUUUACAACGUAGGACAGUCAAAAUGGCUAUGGUAUCAGAGUUUCUGGGACAGCUGUCUCUCAACAUUGGGUCUGAUGAACCCACAUUCCCCACUGUGGUACCUGCUGUGAACUUUGACCCUGACAGAGAUGCUGCCAGAAUAGAGACCGCGAUCAAAACCAAAGGAGUGGAUGAACAGACCAUCAUUGACGUCAUAACAAAGCGGACCUACUCCCAAAGGAGAGAAAUCGCUUUCGCAUAUGAAAGGAGGGCAAAGAAGGACAUGAUCACAGCCCUGAAGGGAGCGCUGUCUGGAUCUCUGGAAACAGUGAUCCUUGGACUGAUGAAGAGCACGGCCCAGUUUGAUGCCACAGAGAUCAGACAAUCGAUCAAGGGCUUAGGAACAGAUGAAGAAACGCUGAUUGAGAUUUUGUGCUCACGCAGCAAUGAUGAACUAAUGGAGAUCAAGAAGGUCUACAAGGAGUUGUUCAAGAAGGACCUGGAGAAAGACGUGGCUGGUGACACCUCCGGGAACUUCGCUAAGCUGCUCUUGGCUCUGGUGCAGACUAAGAGAGCAGAUCCAUCCCCUGUUGUAGACUAUGAAUUGAUCGAUGAAGAUGCCAGAGCACUCUAUGAUGCUGGAAUAAAGAUAAAAGGAACUGAUGUGGCGACCUGGAUAUCCAUCAUGUCGGGGAGAAGUGUACCCCACCUGCGAAAAGUGUUUCAGAGGUACAAGAGUUACAGCCCCUACGAUAUGCAGGAGAGCAUUGUGAAGGAAGUUAAAGGAGACUUGCAAAAGUCCUUUUUGGUUCUAGUUCAGUGCUUUGAAAACAAACAGCUGUACUUUGCCACCAGACUGAAUGAAGCCAUGAAGAGUAAAGGAGCCAAUGAGAAGAUUGUGACCAGAAUUAUUGUGUCACGCUGCGAGGUGGACCUGAAGAAGAUCUGUUCUGAAUACAAGACCAACUUUGGACAGUCUCUGCAAAAGACUAUACUGGAACACACCAAGGGAGACUACCAGAAGGCGAUGCUCAGCCUGUGUGGACCAGAGGAGUAAAAAGGGCCUCACUUUCCACCAACAACAAACAAACAAACUCUGCAGCAAAAGCCCAUUCCUACUUUUUCUACUUAAACAUUUGAAUGCAACAUUCAGAUAUAUAAAUGUAUCUUUUUGAUACAUAAAGAAUCUGUAUUACUGCUUACUUUUGUUAUACCAAAACGGCAAUAAAGUUUCUUUGUUGGAG